CGGGGGUACGCAGACGAUUCUUUAGGGAACCCUCUGUCCUGGGGCCUCUACCGGACCCCAGCACCCACGCCACUUCGUAUCUCCUCACGACUGAAUCCAGGGGCCGGCGACAGAAGGGGGAACCACCACAGCCGCGGCGUUCCCAGUCAUCCUUCAUCACUCCUUCUUUAGUGGUUUUAACGUGCUUAAUAUAUGUCUUUAAAUAUACAUGUAUCCUUGCAUAAUAUAUAAUGUUUUAUGUAUGUAUUUUAAAUGUACAUAAUUGAUAUUGUGUUACAAAUCUCAUGCUGUUUCUUUUUCAUGUUUCCAUAAAUACUUCUAUUACGUAGUAUUUCCUAAAUGACUUUACACCCUUUGCCACACUGGUCCUGGGCCAAGAUGGGCCAAAGUCCUUACCCAGAAUUUCUUGAACUGAAAUUGAGAGAAAAAUCCCUCUUCAGUGUGGAAGCCAUAAAAUGUAAAUCACAGGAGCAUUCAGCAGCCAUGUGUCCUGCCGUAUGGAGCCAGCUGGUCUGCUGUGAAAAGGAAGCCGACAUGCCAAAGGCAGCAGAGAACCAUGUCUGCUCAGUACUGCAUCUCCUUUGCUGAUGUUGAAAAAGCUCAUACCAACAUUCGAGAUUCUGUCUACCUCACGCCAGUGCUCACAAGCUCCAUUUUAAAUCAAAUAGCAGGGCGCAGUCUUUUCUUCAAAUGUGAACUCUUCCAGAAAACUGGGUCUUUUAAGAUUCGUGGAGCCCUUAAUGCCAUCAGAAGCUUAAUUCCUGACACUUUGGAAGGGAAGCCCAAAGCUGUUGUUACUCACAGCAGUGGAAACCAUGGCCAGGCUCUCACCUUUGCUGCCCGACUGGAAGGGAUUCCUGCUUACAUAGUGGUGCCUCAAACGGCUCCCGACUGCAAGAAACUGGCAAUUCAAGCCUAUGGAGCCUCUAUAGUGUACAGUGAACCGAGUGAUGAGUCCAGGGAAAAGGUCACUCAAAGAAUUAUGCAAGAAACAGAAGGCAUCUUGGUCCAUCCCAACCAGGAGCCUGCAGUGAUAGCCGGACAAGGGACAAUUGCCCUGGAAGUGCUGAACCAGGUUCCCUUGGUGGAUGCACUGGUGGUCCCUGUAGGGGGAGGAGGAAUGAUUGCUGGAAUAGCCAUUACAAUUAAGGCCCUGAAACCCAAUGUGAAGGUAUAUGCUGCCGAACCCUUGAAUGCAGAUGACUGCUACCAGUCCAAACUGAAAGGGGAGCUGACUCCCAAUCCUCAUCCUCCAGAGACCAUAGCAGAUGGUGUCAAGUCGAGCAUUGGCUUAAACACCUGGCCUAUUAUCAGAGACCUUGUAGACGAUGUCUUCACUGUCACAGAGGACGAAAUCAAGUAUGCAACCCAACUGGUGUGGGAGAGGAUGAAACUGCUCAUUGAACCCACCGCUGGCGUCGGACUGGCCGCAGUGCUGUCGCAGCAUUUCCAGACAGUCUCUCCAGAAGUGAAGAACAUCUGUAUUGUACUCAGUGGUGGGAAUGUAGACUUAACCUCCCUAAGCUGGGUGAAGCAGGCUGAAAGGCCAGCUCCUUUCCAGACUAUUUCUGUUUAAAUUCAUGAGGGAGAGGUUGUCUCUAGAUGAAAAUUGUUUUCCGUCUUUGCUUUUUAUAAUUGUUUUCAAAAUCCUAAUGGAGUAUUUCAGUAAGAGUUAGAAUUUGGAGACCAAGAAACAGUGUAAACCCCACUCAGUGGAGACAUGAGCAGCUGACACAGAAAAGCACAAACUGCCUAGUCACAAGCCAGACUCCCACCCACAGUCCUGACCGCAGUAGAGACAGAAUCACACUGACUCCAUUACUCCAUGUCCACUUCAGAGGCUGUUGAGGAGAUCUCACUUUUCACCCAUGGUACUGGUUCUGGUACAUAUGGAUCAUAAGUCCAUUUGGGGAAAACUCGCUUAUAGAGGUUCAUUAAUACUGUAUCCUGAGAUUUUAGCUUCCCAUCAAAACUGCACUUCAUAUGGCCAUGGGUACCUAGAAGGAAAACAGCAAAUUGGUCCAAGUAGACACUUUAAACAGUGAACUUUAUAGCCCAGUAGUCCAUUGGUAACACCAGGGAAUCCCAUCUCUUACCUAGAGGCUCCUUGAUGUGUCCCCUGCGGCCCCACUUGGUUCUCAGUUCCACAGGCUUAAACCACAUCACGUCCUCUUAGAAUGGAACAGAGACACAAAAUAAAACCCCCAGCAUCAAGCCAGUCCUCCCACCACAGGGAAUCCGACCCCACUCUCCUUCACUCGUGCCUACCUCUGUUGAAGAACAUGUAGCGAACUACUGCCAUCUUAGUAAAAAUUUUGAAAGGAUGGCCACUCAGAACAACUCUCUUGAUGACCAUCCUGUCUGGAUCCACUGAUAACAGAUGACCUGUAGCAAUGAGGCUGUGCAUUCCUAGGAAAGGAGAGCCACUGUUAAUCUACAGGCCAAACCCUUCAGCUACUGCUCUAAUCUGGUGUUUGGGUUCUUUGAGGGUUUCUCUGCGUAGCUUUGCUCUAAUCUAUUUUAAAGACCCACUCAAGAUUAUCUUGGAGAAAUGCACCGUUACCUUUCUGAGGCCACAAGGACUACUGAAAGAUAUUUCUAUUGAGCCAGUCCCCCCAAACCCACCUUAAAUAUAAUACUCCAAGCAACCCCUAAUGAAGUGUGCCAACAGGUAAGAACUAGUUAUCACCCUGGGCUUACAUACCCCCUCAGUGAGUUUGAAAUUGGUAUUUUUGAAAAACCACCAGUAUACCUUACAGUUAAACCCCAGGUUUAAUUACAGAAAAGUAAUGGUCCUAGUAGGUUCAUUAUUUACCAUUUGGAAGUCAACAUACCAUUGCUUCUCUGCUUGAAAAGUAGCACAGAUGCAGGAGGAAAAGUGAUUGGCGCAAACACUGUCACCACUAGGGCCGCAUCAGCAGUCAAGAAUCUCUGAAAUUUAUGUUUAUCAGCUUCCAACGGAAGGGUCCCAAAUAAAUAGAAAGAAGAGCGAAAAGCCUUUUGAGAAACCAGAAAGCAAUCCAAAGGCUGUUAGGAGCUAUGGUGCUGCCACACAUAGCCCCACCUUUUAAAAUUAUAGUAAAGGAGAUCAAGCAUAGGGCUGUGUACACACUAAGUGCUCUGCCAUAGAUCUGCGUCAUAGUCUCAGCCUAACUGUAACUUAAUCAAAAGCAGUGGUGUUUAAGAUUCAUGUUUUUGUCUGGGUAUAUCCUCAUGGUGUGUGGGUGUGCAUGUGCAGGUGCCUCUAAGCUGACCAGUGUGGCUACUGGGAAUUGAACCCAGGUCCUCUGCAAGCCCCAGUCUGUUUUGUUGAGACAGGGUUCAUGGAUUACAAUAUACCUUCCUCCAUCUCUCAAGGGCUAAGAUUACCAGCUUCAUCUUGUGUUUCUCUACACUACUAACUCUCAGACUUUUUUUUCCCUGAAUUAAUACAACUAAAAGAGAAAACCUGGUCCCAUCAGUGAUUUUUUUCAACUGGAGACAGAAUCAGAGCUUAGACUAUGGCUGGCAUUGAAAGAGUCCUCCAGGUGAUCUGAUCUCACUACAACCAAUACUUUUACUCAGACUGACUGUGCAGCAACCUAGAAAGCCAAGCUCUUGUGUGCUGGGUACAGGACAGUAAGCUAGCAGAAAAGCUCUGUUCAUCUGUAACACAGCUGCUACAUUCUUAAAAUAAUAAAAGCUUUUUAUUAAUA